CGUAUCUCAUUCCCUUCUCGGUGAGUGAGCGGACAAUUCUUUGAAACUACGUUGUGUUAACUGUAUAGCAAUAGUACACACGAGCCAGUCCCAGCACGUCCUCGUCCAUAGGCCCUUCCGGUCCGAGAGAGGCAUCACCGUCACUCUGCGAUUGUCCAUUGUCGCUGUCGAAAUGAUGGUUGGCGGUGUAAUGCGCGUUGUCAGAAGCUGUGAUGAGUACGCCGAAGCAUCACAUGGCUUGCACUUGUCAUACUUCCCCCAUGAUUCACAGUAAGAACCCGGUGGGCGAGAACGUACUGUAAAGACGGAUGAGGUCCUAUGGCCCCGAGUGAACAGGUCGUAAAUGGAGCUUGCUACUCGCCCUCACCCAGCACCGUAGAUCCUGUUGACAACGGAGAGCCAGCUCGUUGAUCGGAUGGGGGCUGGACCAGGUGCAUCUACUUGACUGGAUGUGCGACUGAGGGGCUUGUGUAAACGUGUACCGUUCGUGAAGGUCUUCGGGGUUAGAGGGUGCGGAGGACUAGGUCUCUGAGCGUGGCUGAGUCGCAUACGGGUUGCAAGUGAGACACAGUUUCUUCUUGUGAAUCGAAGGACCCUGUCCAGCCUCCUCGAUGACCCGAUGUUCUUACUUGACGGGGGAAACCUGAUGUUCGGUCUCGCUCAAACGUAUCCCCUCGCGAAGUCCCAUCACAACGCCGAAACCGCCAAGCAGGCUCUGAAUAAUGUCGAGCCGCACCUCAAAGCCCUGGAUGGCGUCAUACUCCGAGUGCUUCGAGAUACGUCCCUCAAGAUCCUGGAUGAUGGGGCAAGAAGACGUAAAGAACGGAAGCGGGACCACAUACCUCAGGAGCGUUUCAGCGAGCUCGCCACCGAACGACGCAGGCCGUGCUGGGAAGGUGACGGGAGGCAUUCAAUCAACGAUAGAGAUGCUGCUAUCUGAGGCCCAAGUCCGACCUCAGAACUAGCUGCUGUCGUCCCGGAUGCUUACAGGAGGAGGAUUCCGAUGAGCAUACAGAUUUAGUCGACGGGAUU